AUUACGAGUGUAACAUUAUUCAACCUUAAAUUAUCCUGAGUAAGUUUGAACGUUGAAGACACUAUACAGUUCAGUUAGGCGUAGUCAUCUAUCCCACUAAACCAUGAAAACCCCAUCAUCUGCAGCGUUUCCCCUAAUGAUCAUAUUUAUCUUCACACUUUCGUUUAACUUAAGGCAGCUCUCGGUCACCGCCGCCGCCAUAACCGAUGUUCAGACAGACUUCAUCUCAACAAGGUGCGGCGAUGCCACCAUACUCUACCAGAGCUUAUGCAAGUCAUCCCUCUCCCCCUUCGCCAGCACCGUGAAGCAAGACCUUGGCAUUCUGGCUCGGGUUGCCAUCGACGUCAGCCGCAAUCAAACCGAGCCCGUUCUUGAUCUCGUCAAAUCCCUCUUUGGCGUGAGCAAUGCAACGGUCGUGGCUGCACUUAAGAACUGUUUCUCCCACUUGGAAACUUCUGUGGGCAAGAUGCGGAGUUCCGUCGAGACGAUGCAACAGCUCAAUGGAAGCGGUUCGGCGGCACCGUCCUCAAGCUUGGAAGAUGUGAAACUGUGGAUGAAAGCAGCUUUGGACGAAGAGAAUCUGUGCGACAGGGCGUUCGAUCAGGUGGGGGAUAUGUCCCUCAAAGGCAAGGUGUUGGGCAAGCUACUCCUGGCUAAGCAGCUCACUAGCAAUGCAGGAGCUUUGCUCCUUCAAUUUGCUCCAAAGAUUGGGGCGUAAUUUGCUCAUCUAUAUUACUAUAUGCGUAGUAUUUUAUUAAUCGCCUAUUCCCUCUUCAAACAGUCACAUUUUCCAUCUUAUCAUAUUUAAUUAAAAGUAAUUUGAAACGGUUAAUGAUUAAAUAAACAUAGCAUGUGUUUGCAUAUGCUCUUCCCCGCAGUAAUGAAAAGUAGGUCAACUAUUUCAAAUUUUAGCUUAUCUUCAUUAUUUCAAAAUUAUUAUAUACGGAGUAUAAUGCAGUACAUUGUAUGUAAUUAGUAGUUUGACUUCUUGCUCAUCUUUACAAUACUUUUGCUUACAUACAUUGUCUGAAAUGUAAUGUAAGGUCAUAAGCGGGAGAUCAAAUGAGAAUGACAUAACGGGAAUGAAUGUUGUAUUGUGGUGCCCUAAACUUAUAAAUUGUGCAUGAAUCGAUUGAUGUUAG